AUGACGGGACUAUCGAUACUGUUCAAUAUGAACACUGCGGACGCAUGCUACGUGUACGGACACAUCGAGAGGCACAGACGGACGAACGAGCAGUCCAUUCAGGAGAGGUACACGCACCCGCUGAGUCCAGGUCGUCAUAGAGCUGUGGGAGACCUGCGUUACACAGCCAGCACUGACCUAGCAAAUUACACCCCAACCUACAGCGAUACCUCCCCCAGAUACAGGCCAAGCCAUGGAUACCCUGAAUAUCUGCAUGAACCUUACCUUUCCUAUCCCACGCUAAGAACCAGCCAGGAUCCCUUCACUGAUGGUGAUAGCAUGUCAAAGUACACAAGAAGUUAUGACAUCACCAGCAAGCCCAAUGAAACGUCAGCAAAAAGCUAUGACUCACCAAGAUUAUAUGAGAGAGGCAAGUAUGAUAAGCCUAGCGGAGGGGCUCCUUUUGAAUUCGGUGUCAGCUAUACCACCCCAAAGGUAACCUAUGACACGAGCUCACGAUAUGAUGACAUCACCACUAGCUCCUAUGACAGGCACACAAGAAGUGAUGAUGUCACUAAUCGACACUCACCUGCAAGAAGCCUCAGUGAUCGGAACCCGGGACCACGCCAGCCCCAUCUACAGCCGAAGGAACCAGGCCGGCAUCGUGUCAACUCGGGGGACUCCGCAAGCAGCCAUUCUUCAGAGCGGUCAACUGGAACUGAGGAUAAAUCCCUGUUUAAUGCUUUGAAGCACAGAUACCAAGAGAACGCAGAAAAACAGCCCGGCGAUCCAUCAGUUCGGACACCAUUUUCGUCAUGGCGACGGAGUGGCAACUUCGAGGAGGCAAUGGCAGCAUCCAGUCCUCACGAUACUCAGCAUGAAAAGUUGAGGACGGUAGAAAGAUCGAGUAAAACUAGCACUGGGAGCGAUACGGAGGCAUGGAAGCGCGAUUCAUUCACCUCAAGACACGAUAAUCAAUCCUCAUCAAGGUCAUACUCUGAAGGUCAAGGUCAAGCCUCUAUACCAGCUCCCAGCCCACAAGGUCAAAGUUCAAAGGUAGCAGGGGCAGCAGAGGGUGAGGCUCACAAGGAUGUGAGUACGGAUGAUUUGAUUUUUAAUUUUCGACAAGCUCUCCGUCGCCAUGCUCUUUCGGAAAGCGAAAAGAAAUCGGAAACUAAGACUGAGAAAGUGGAUGACAAGAAAGGUGAACAGGGUGUUGAAGAGGAGUCCACUGCUCAGAAACUUGAAAGACUCAGAGCAGCCAGGGCUAAAAUCCAAGAACAUAGAAAAUCAGAUUUUAUUACUGGUAAUGCUCAAAGUUUCGCUACCGAGUUUAAAUCUGAUAAACCAGAUAGAAUGACAUCAGGGGCAAAUAGCAGCGCCUCAUCAAAUAAGUCAGAUAAAGGAAGUGCUGGUGAUAUUAAUGUUAUAAAAACUGAUGACAAUAAACAUAGACAGUCAACUAAGCUUGCUCGCCAGAAGCUUGUCUCAGAUGAUUUGAAGGCAAAAUACAUUGAAAACAGAAAAGACGAAUCUGAGAUAGGUGAUAAAAGUGUAGAAGAUAGGGAUAAAUAUAAUCAGAUCAGUAAAAGAGAUGGACACAUUGAAGUUAAGUCCACAAAAAGUGUUGAUCCAAAGCUUGAUUCAGAGAGUGUUAAAGCAGAAAUGUUAAUUGGAUCAACAAAAGAGAAAACUUCAGUGUCUAAGAAAUUUGAAAAGGUUGAUCAUUCAUCUCCAUUUGGUUCUGUUUAUUCACCGAAGCCAUCAGUGACAUCUGUAUCAGCAAGUGUUUCAGCACCAUCAGCAUCACCAUUACAUAAACGAACAGAAAUCGAAAAAGAAAAAUUGCAAAAAGAAAAUGUUGAAAAUAUCAAAGAGAAAGUAGUUGAGCAUCAAAAAAGUGAAACAGACACUCACAAGACUAAAGUGCAAGGGAAAACUGAAAAAAGGUAUAAGAAAUAUGCUAAGGCUAAAUCUUUAGAACUUGGAGUUUUGUCGGGGCAAAAGCCAAAUGAAAUCAAACAUCAGGAAGAAAAAUCAAAAGAUGAUUCUGUGGUUUUAGAUACUAAUGCAGAUGAAUCUCAGCUAGCUAGACAAGAACGCAUAGCAAAGUAUAAGGAGGAUAGAAGAAGACAAUUAGAGGCAAUCCAGAAGAAAUUUAGUGGUGGUGAUGGUGAACUACCUUCUUUGUUCUUGUCGUCUGUUCCACAUAAGGAUAGUGAUUCCUCUAUUUCAAGGUCCAAAAGCUUGAAAGUUGAACCUGAUAAAAAAGACGAUAUUUCAGUGGGUGUAACAAGAUCUAAAAGCUUGAAAAAUGAGAAGGACUUGGGAGUGGAAUACCAUCCUGCUUACCAAGAUACACUGAAACAUACAGGGCUGCAUUUAGCUGAGCUUGGUUCUCAGACUAGGCAUGAUCAUGACAUUUAUGAUUCUCAUGAUGAGAAAUAUGACCCAGGAAAGUUAAUUGAUAAGAUUCAUGCUAUUAAAAAUAUGAAAAUUGGCCAUGCUGAAAAGGUUGGAUCAUCAAGGGAAGAUUCUCCUAAUAGGAGUUUUGAACGGUACGGAAGAGACAGUGAUAAAAGUGGAAGUGAGAGAGAUGUUGGGGCUAGUGCUGGAAGCUAUUUUAAUAGAACUUUACUGGCAGAACGUGCAAUGGAUAUUCCUUACCGUGGUAGAGAGUCCCCUACUAGAGACAGAAUAAGAUCAAGUUCUAGAGAAAGUGAAAAUCAGGAUGCUUCUCAGAGAUAUAGACCAAGUGAUGGAGUAAGAUUUGGGGCAUUUGCAAAUACAGAGAAAGGACAUGAUGUUUUGACAGAUAGUAGUGAAGCAUCUAGUGUUACCCCAACAUCAAAAAGGGUCGGGAUUAAUGUGGAUGAUGGUAGAAUCUCAAAACAAAAAACUGGAGAUACAAAAAGUUAUUUUGAAUUUGGGACAGUGUAUGCUAAAAAGGAAGCUAAGAGUGAGGAUAUAGAUAAUGUAAAUAAACACAUUGUUGGUAAGCUUGAGGAACAUGUUAAAGUAGAAACAAAAAAGAGUGAAAGUGAUUCAGAUAGAGAUAGAAGUGAUUCUUUUACAAGAGUACGUCGUAAAUUGCCAUCAGUGGAAGAAGUUCUGGGGAAGGUAAGUGAUUCAGAGAAAGGUGAUUUUAUGAAAGAAGAUUUAUCAAAAAUGUCUGCUGAGGAAAUCAGAAAGAAAAAGAUUCAAGAAAAUAUUGACAGAGCAAAAUCAAGAUUUAAAGCUGAAGAUAAAGCUGGUGCAUUUGAUGCUAGUAAAUUUGAACUUGGAACUGUGUAUUCUAAAAAGCCAGAAGAAAAACAGUCUGUUUCCAUUGGCUCAAAAGAGAAACAUGUCUCAAAUUCUGAUGUAAUUGGUGAUAAAAAGGGAAAUUUGAUACAGCAAAUGUUGGGAGUAAAUUUAAAUGAUCAUGAGAAAGUUGCAGUUACUUCAAAUGUGAUUGAGAAGACUCAUUAUAGUAAAGACAAUAAACCUCAAUUUGUUGGCGAAACAAGAGAAUUUAAACAAGGGGUUUCCAUAUCCACAAAAGAUUUUGAGAGAUCUGAAGAUAAACAAGUGGAUAGAAGUAAUAGUGGACAGGAUGAUAAGGUUGGAAUUGGUAAGCCACCUUCUUCCCCUAGGAAUGAAAGAAAGAAGACAGCAGAACAAAAGUUUGGCAGGGUUUCUUACAGAUCUUCAGAACAGCCUGCAGCAUUUGAAUUUGGUACAAGUUAUACCAAGAAAGAUUCUCCCUCUGUUGCAGUGGCAGAUCAGAAAGCAUCUCAAAGUGUAAGCAAGAAAAUUGAAAGUCCAAUUACUACUAUAGCUUCAGAUUUAUUGAAUGAGGAAAGAACAAAAGGGAUAAAAGUUGAGGGCAUUCAUGUGAAGAAACCAAAACACACAUCCAUUCAGCUGAAGUCGCAAAAGUCUGUUGAAAAAGAAGAUGGUGAUAAGAAUGUAACAAAGGACAUUUUGUCUCCUAAACAACAGUCACAAGUUCAGUUUGGUAUCAAGGCUCAAGCAGUUUCUAAUGCUUCAGGCCAAAACAUAGAAGUGCCAACAUCUCCAAAAUCAGCUACUGGUGUCUCACCACAAAGGUUUGUUUCUGAACCAUUGAAAGUUUCUGCUACUUCUUCUGCAGUGGCUGUUUCUAAACCAAGAGGCAUGUCUCCAAUAAGGGCUGUAACAGAAUCAUCUCAAAUUUCAUUUACUUCUACUUCAACUGCAUUAAAAUCUUCGGAACCAUUGGUCUCUAUUGGAAUUCCUUCUAAAUAUGAUGCUAAGUCAAUUGAACCAAAAGUGGAACCACAUAAAUCUGAGUCAAAGAUUAUUUCAUCUGAAGCUAAAGAUGCUGUUGUUAAAGAAACGUCUGUUAGUAAAAUGGAAAUUAAGUCCCCAACAAGUUCAAUUUCUUCUAAAACUGAAACUAAGUCAAUUGAACCAAAAGUGGAACCACACAAAUCUGAGUCAAAGAUUAUUUCAUCUGAAGCUAAAGGUGCUGUUGUUAAACAAACUUCUGUUAGUAAAAUUGAAAUUAAGUCCACAACUAGUUCUGAUAAAAAAGUUGAAAGUGUUAGACCAGCAGAACAGAAUGUGAAACAAAUAUCUUCAGGCAAAGGUAAACACAUUAAUGAAGCUUUAUUUGAAAGUCAUGCAAAAUCAGAAAAAGUUGAUAUUAACAGAGAAACCAUGAAAAUUAUUGAAAAUGUAAAUGAAGCUGAUGCCACAAAAAUAGAAAAGGUUUCUGGUAAUGUAAAAGAAAAGGUUAAAACCAUGCCACAAAAGGCAGAAAAAGUAUCAGUUGAAAAGAUAAGUGAAAUUGAAAGAGACAUACAUGAAACAAAAGUUAUGAAAGACAAAGAUCAAGAAAUGAAAGAAAACAUAGACAAAAAUACAGUUUCAACAGAUGUACAGACAAAUGAUCAUAAAACAGAAACCAGUGGUGAAAAAAAGAAACUUAAACCUCGACCUGAACCAGAAUUGACUAAAUUUGAAUUAAUGAAACGAUCUGUUGCAGAAAAAGUCCUCACAAAACCAAAGCCGGUGGAACCUUUAGUUAUUGAGAAACCGAAGGAAAAGCCACACAAGGACGAAAAGAAGGGAAAAUCGAAGGAGAAACGUAAGAAAGACAAACUAGGUGACUCUUUGGCUCGAAUGAAAACAUCCUUGAUGGACACCAGUUUAGACGAUAUAUUGAGUCGGAAUGUGGAUUAUUUAAGUGAUAUGGAGCCGGCAAACAAUGCCUGUCAAACUUCACCCAAUAAGAAGUCCCGACCUCAGAGUGUGAUAGAGCCACAGAAACAGAAACGGAGAUUUAAGAAAACUUCGGGUUCUGGUCGAAGCAAGUCUGAAGACCGCUCCCACUUUAAGGUCACUGACUCCGAUGAAGACAAGGAGUCCUCAAGGUCAAAGGUGGCUGAAGACAUUCCCACCUCGAGUGUCAAGGUCACAAGAUUGAAGUCGUCUUAUAUCAAGCACGGGUCUGAAAAACAUGACUCAGAAUCAUCAACGUCCUCUCCAGCCACAGCAGACGACAGUCAGAUGUCACGAGGUCGAUCCAGGUCAGUUAAGCAAUCUGUCUCUUCGGAGUCGACUGGAUCCCAAAUUCUCUUGACUGGGUCCCAAAAGGUCUUCAGUGACCAUGAUCAGACUGGUCCCAAAAGGACACUAAGUCAAAAUGAAAACCAGUCUGCUGCUGCAACAUCGCUGUCACACAAGCGCCUUGAUUAUGAUGAUUAUGAUGAAGACAUUAUAAGGAGAGAAGCCAUGGAUAGCGUCUCAGAAAUGAGUCAGUCCGAGGUGGCCAGUGGCGUUGGCUCCGAUACAUCUGAAAUGUCUGAUAGGAAACGGUUUGUGACUCGGGGUUCCAAAGACGAGAUACUGAGAAUAUCUGACAGCGACCAGAGCGCUUCGUCAUCUGUGUUGAGUGACAGUAGUCGCAAGAAGCGCAAGGAUAAAAGUUCAAUGCGGAAAUCGAAACUGAAUGAAUCGGCAGAAGAUGCAGCCCUUUCUGGCCCUCGUAGAGACAGUAACUCAGACGACAGUUCUCUUGCACCACGAGGGGGCAUAAGAAGGGUUUCCUCAUCGCGUCUUGCACGGGAAAAUCACAAAGAUACCUCAGCUGAAAAAGAGGUACCAGUCGUGUUCAAGACGCAUGACCUAGCGCACCUGUCCAGAUAUCAUAAUAACCAGUCUAUAUCCAGCAAGCAUCCCAGUGAAUCAGACUCCAAAUUAAGCCAGUCUAGUGACAAGCCUUUCAGUAACCUUGAGUCACCCAGAAUUGGAAAACAGUCUUUAUUUGAAACUGCCCUACCGUCCCGCUUUGCCCUUCCUUCUAAAGUCUCAGCAACCAUUUCCAAACUCACAGAAGUCUGCGAGAAGAAUGGGGGGACAGAGGCUUCACCUGUUGCUAAGAAACCUGAGGAAUUACCAUCACGUCAAAUAAGAAGGGGAAAUAACUUCUCCCAACUUCUUCAGAAGUUCUCCAGUUCAGAAACGUCUGGAUCAGAGAAAUCAGAUUCCGAAUCUCCAAGGACUCGAAAGAUCCUCUUGAGACGACAGGAAGCCUGUGCAGUCAGCAGUCCCAGCAGUGACGACAGUCGUAGAACGCCUGAACGAACCCAGAGUUUCAAAAUAAAGAGUACCGGUUCAGAGGGAAAGCCGUUGCAGUCAAGCAUGGAUAACCCUGUGCAAAGAUCGUCAAGUUUCAAGUCUUCAUUUAUGAGGAGUAGGUUUGGGCCUGAACUAGACGAUGUUCAGAAGACGACCGCUAGGACAGCCAAUCAGGACGAUAAACCAUCUCCCGAACUUGCGUCAGUGCUGAACAGACGUAGUCAUAUAGUGGCUAAGCAGCAGGAGGAAGGUGAAACCAUUGAGAGGCAACGAAUCCAUGAUGGGAAAGUAGAAAGAAGUGAUGAACAUUUUGCUGCAUUAGAUGAAGAGGUUAUAGCAGAUUCUGAAGUUUUAAGCAUGUUACGAUCGCGACGUAAAGAAACUGAUGCUGUGUCCAUUGUCUCUGAUAGCGAUUCCAGGUCUCAAACUCAUGUCCCCAAUAAUUAUGUGACAUCUCAAACCUCAAGUGCUUCUUUAAAUAUUAACACAAGUGCUGAGACUAAACUGCCAUUGAAAGUGGUUACGUCUUCAAUAGUGCAAUCAAGUCAAAGACAAACAAGUACAAUAGAAAAGGAAAGAAUGGAUCACCUUGCGAACACCAACAAUGAAAGUUAUAGUGCUAAACAGGAGAAACAAGUUCAAUCUCAGCAUAAAGAUAUUAGUCAAGAUGAACCACAUGAUAAAACAUUUAAAAUAUCAGGUAUAACAUCAAGGGAGAUUCUGGAGGAAGGAUCAAAAGCUGUUCUGAAAUCUAUAAAACAAUCUUCUGCUGAUCAUAAAGACUCUGAUGUAAAAAAUCUAGAAACAGAAAACAGAAGUGUUCAUACACAUACAAGAGGAGCUAUAGAUAUAAACAGUAAAAGUGAGAUUAUGAGAAAGAUAUCUUCAAGGGACAGAACUCCUGAAAGACAGACUACAAAGAGGGCGGGACCUAUGAAGGUUCUGUCCCCUUUGUCUUCGACAGAAGAAAAACCAGGCCUUACAAGAACAGAGUCAGUGGGGAGGACAGACUCCGAGAGACCGAAAGGGAUCUUGAAGAGGACUCCCUCACUGAAGACAUCGUCAGUGCAUGUAGAUCCUGAACUUGCUGAGGUCUUAAAGUCUCGUCGGCAGAAGCACGAAGAUGUUGAUGAGGAGGCAGUGGAUCAGAAACUUACAGCCGAGGAAGAGAUCAGGCAGGCUCGGGAACGAGAGUCUCAACAUGACGCAGCCCCCCAGGAGCGAGAGCUGUCCGUUGCUGAGAGGAUCUUCCAGAUGCACACGAAGAUCGAGGAGGUGAAGUCGUGUCCCAUCACUCCACGGUCCUACUCUGGCGUGAGCACUCCAAAGUCUGCGCUACACAGAUCUGGCAAUAUCACCCCAAAAAAUCAACUCAGUCUUGAGGAAGGAAACCAGUCCGAGAUAUCCGGUACCCAGUUGAUAGAGAGGCUAACCAGUCUAGAAGGGCGCCAGUCCAAUCUCGCGGAGAAACGAUCCAAGUUUCAGCAACGAAAACGUGAGGAUUGGCGGACGCGAACUCAACCAGUGACGUUACUGGAGUUCCAAGCUGCAGACAGUUUAGAGACUGUAAAGAAAUUCAGAGCCGAGGUUUUGAAGAGGGCAUCCACUAGCGUUUUUGAGGCAGUCCAGAAACCAGAGAAAGCCGGACAGAAUAAGCCAACUGAGUUCCCACAACCGUUCAGAAAAGAGCGACGUUCGCGAAACCAGCGUCACAAAACGCUACCAAUAACUACUGCAGAGCUCAACGCUAUCCCAGAAGGCCAAGCAUCUGAAACCAUGAACUCGUUAAAGAAGAAGUUCGAGUUUUAUGGUGCCCAGGACUCGAAAGCCGAUUCGGGAAUUUUGAGUCGUUCCGAUGGGGAGAGUUUCAGAAGUUUAAGCAUAGAAGAAAACAUCGGUGAAGACGACCCCGUAAAAUUGAGCGUUUCUGCAAAGGCGUCCAUGUUUCUUCAGAUGCAGGAAGCACAAAAGGCGGAAAAGGAAAGAAAAUCGUCUGCUAGUGGUGCCAAAAGGUAUAUUGAUCGUAAGAAGCGGGAACGAUGUAGAACGCUGCCAGUUACAGAAGACGAAGUGAAGCUGGCUGCGGAAAUAGCGGAUAAGGAGGAGGAAGAGGCCACUGAGAAAAGGGAGGCAACUGCUGGUGUCGUCAUGACAACUGAGGAAGAAAACCGUGACGCUGCUGAUGAACUCUCCAGACAAAGUCUAGCUGACAAGGUUAAACUGUUCACCAGCAUAGAGGAAGAAAAGAAAGAGGCAGCAAAAAAGAAGGGACUUCCUCCUCCCCCAAAAAGGAAAACUAGGAAGCAGGGUUCGAGAUUUGCCACUCAGCCUGUCACAUUUGAGGAGGUUGAAAAAGCAGCAAAGAUCUCCCCGCUCGCUUGCAGUCUCGUGAAACCGCCUGAUCCCGAGAUCCUCUCCGGCUUGUCAGUGAAGGCUCAAAGGGAGCUAAUCGCGCAGCAUGCUGCACAGACUCUGUCCCAGCCCGGGUCAAGGGUCGGCUCACGCGGGCCUUCAAGGUCGACCUCAGUGACGGAUGUCAGUGGAUUGACGGUUAUCAAUCAAGAUACCGUCACAGUUUCAAACACCGAUCUGAACAGUCAAUACCGCAUCAUCGAUACCGGUGCAUCAUCUGAAAGUCUCAAACCUUCCAGCGUAAAAUCUCGUGGUUUCGAACCAGUAAAAAGCGAAGAGAGCCAGACAACAAAAUCGGUAGAAAAAAUAACGACCAGUCACCUUGACUUGUCAACUAAAAACAUUCUUAAAUCUCAACUGGAAGAAAAGCUAUCUGUGUUACACAAAGGUCAGUUGGGGAUACGUCCGAAUUCUGGUGCAAUGCCCACUGUGCGUGAUAUAAACAAAGCUUUACAUAAAGAAUCGUCACAGGAGAGUAGUAAAGACUCCAAAGAGACUGAGAAAGACUCUGAAGUGAAAGGAAUCCUUAAGAAAGAAGGUAGUUUUGAAACUCGCAAAAUGGAUGUGGAUAAGUUUAGUGCAAUCGGAAGUGUGAUAGAACAAGUUAAAGAGAGGGUGGGAAGUAGAGCUCAUGACGAUGAUGAUGACGUUAGUGAAGAUGGGGAAAAAAGUGCAAUAUCUAAGUUGGGUGAUUGUCGGACAGAAAAGGAAAGGGAUGAGGAGGAAAUUAUGGAAUCUUCGGGUGAUAAUUUGGACAGCGAUGAAGCGUUGUUAGAUGGUGAAGCCAAGUCAGAAGGAUUAACGGACACACCCAAUAGGCGGAGUAGUAAAAAUCGCAGACGGUUCAACCGGGAACGACAAAAGGAACAAGAAAGAUACAAGACACAGCCUGCAGAGUCUUCCAGCACGCCGGUUGACGAUGGUAGCGACUCAGGGCACCAGAAAAAGAAGUACGUUGGGCGACAUCUUACCCAACCCGUGACGCCUGAUGAAAAGAAACAUGCAGAAAUCUUUACAGAGAUGCCAGAUGUGCAGAAAAGUGGAUCAAUACAUGACAGGUUGAACGCAUUGAAGAAGAGUGGAGAAGAAGAAUGGAAGAAGCGCGUUGCCCGACCUCUGAACCUUGACAACGGGGACCGCCGGUCAGCAAGUCCCGAGCCAUCUCCCCAGGUCGUCAGAAUGCGUGACAAGAAGGGACCAGAAGCUGUUCGACCUUCGAGCAUCGCUGACCGUCUCUCGCUGUUGGACGCCUCACAGGACGGGUGGCGGGACCGUGUGGGGGAGAACGACCAUAAGAAGUUUACUAUCGAGCAUAAGAUCUCUUCGUCAGGUCAAGCGGUGAAUGAAAGCCCGCUGGUGGCAAGACUUAAAAACAGAAUGCCCAGAAAAGAUCUCAGUCGAGAUUCUGAAUCAAGUGAAACUUCGGACAUAGUUUCACCCAUGAGUCCAUGCAAACCUCUCCCAAGGGAGGUAAUUUGUAGCAAUAUUCCUGCGGAAAUGCUCCUUGAAGAGACAAAAUCUCCAGCUGUCGGUAUUGUAGAAGAAGAGAACCUAGGUACAAGUGUAGUAGUUCCGACGAUAGAUGAGGAGGUUGGAGGGUUCUUCCAGAAGAGGGACGAGAUACGAAUAACAAGUGCAGCUCUGGACGUGUCCGUCAAUGACUUCAAUGAACUGUUUUUGGAGGCUGGUGACAUACUGGAGAGCACUAGACGAGUCAAGCCAAAGAGACGACACAAUCCCACAAGUAGAAAUCCACUCAAAACCAUGUCUGCAAACCUGGAGGUGCGCUCUGAGUACACAGAAAUCCUACAUGGAGUAGCGGAACGGGAACUGAAAAACAAGAAUAUAGCAGCUAUUCAACAAAACUCUGGUUUCGCAGUCGAAGCAUUGGCUGGUUUAGCGAGUAAGGAAAACUUCUCAAAGGUGGAGCUCCGCAAGGCAGACGUCUCAUCUGGUUCCCAGGGCAAUGCAAGGAUGGAUCCCUACCUCCCUCUCAUGCUCAUACACAUCAAAGGCCGAAGAAAAGUGCAAUGUCGCCUGGUGGAGCCCUGUGCAGACUCGGUGAACAGUGGCGACUGCUUCGUGCUGGUCACGGGCGACAAGAUCAUACAGUGGCUCGGGGAAUACUGCAAUGUCAUAGAGAAAGCAAAGGCAGCAGACGUGGCUGACUUCAUCAAGCAGAAACGUGACUUGGGCUGUAAGGCAGCAAGGGAGGUUACUACUGUGGAGGAAAAGCGGGGUAACCUUGGCAACGCCAGACACUUCUGGGAGCUGAUUGGUGGACACAAGCCAAUCAUGGCCUCUGGUCCUCCGGAGGAAGACGAGUUAUACGAGACACAUAUCGUAGAGACAAACAUGAUCUACACACUGGAGGGAACCAAACUGGUGCCCGUUGAGGAAUACUGGGGGAACCAGCCCAAGUAUGAGAUGCUCCAGGCUGACCAGGUGUUUGUGUUUGAUUUCGGCAGCGAGGUCUAUCUGUGGCAAGGCAAGUCCGUGUCGCCCAAUCAGCGUAAGAUUGCGGGAAGGCUUGCCCAGCAACUCUGGGGUCAAGGGUACGACUACACAACCUGUGAGAUCAACCCCAUCUGUCCUCUGAAAGAGGAGAAUGAGGGUGGUCUACCAAAGAAGUCGGACACUCGCCCGGACUGGGCCCUGUUUGGGAAGGUCAACCAGAACAUGGAGACCAUCCUAUUCCGGGAGAAGUUUGCGGACUGGCCGGAUACGUCCCGGCUCAUCAAGGUCAAGAGCCAGGAGGAGAUCAAUGCAGCAAAGUUUGACCUUGCUGACCUGAAAGCGUACGAUGCUAAACUGAUGGUUACCGUUGACGACAGCCCCGUAUCGUUGCUGCUGGAGGGAUCACACGUUGGUCGGGGUGAAAAAUGGGAGCAAGACAUGGAGGGUUUCAUGAAGGAGAUCGCCAUAGAGACCCUCAAGGUCAGAGUAUGGCACGUGCUCGAGUACGACCACUCCGAGAUCGAACCUCAGAGCCUGGGACAGUUCCACGAGGGCGACACCUACGUGAUACGAUGGCAGUACAUGAUCGUCAACGCUGGCAUGAAGAACCUAAAGGGUGAGGCAUCGAGGUUCUCGCAGGCUGGUCGGGAGCGCUGUGCCUACUUCUUCUGGCAGGGCAAGUCGUCGACGAUCAAUGAGAAGGGGGCGUCUGCCUUGAUGACCGUGGAACUGGACGAGGAGAGAGGGCCACAGGUUCGUGUUUCGGAGGGGAAGGAGCCGGCUUGUUUCCUGAAUCUCUUCAAGGGUCACAUGAUCAUUCACAUCGGCAAACGUGAGGAGGAGGAGACCAACACGCAGGGGCCAUGGCGCUUCUACUGCCUCCGCAACGAGUACGAGAACGAGAUUUGCCUCAUCGAGGUUCCGAAGGACAUCAGCAACCUUCGCAGCGUGUCCUCCAGUCUGUUCUUGAACGUCGUCACGGGACAUCUCACAGUGUGGCACGGUUGCAAGUCGCUGGAGCAUACGAGAAAGCUGGCGGUGAUUGUGGCGAAUAAUUUACAAAAGAGGUGUCCCUUGGAGGUUGGGCUCCACAAAGGCGUGAAGAUUUCAGUGUCCGAGGUGGAGGAGGGUCAGGAGAGGGCAGACUUCUGGCGUAUGAUGAAUGUUCAUGUUGGGGACCGCUCCAAAUACCACUGUCUUGUAAAUAACCCAGAGUCUUUCAACCACACUUUGCGCCUGUUCUGCAUGUCAAGCGUGUCAGGCGUCUUUGAGGCGCACGAGGUCGUCAACCCGUCGCGCGCACCGGAUCUCCCAACCAAGUUUCCCGUGCUUCAGACAGACCUCUACAAACCCCAGCAGCCUGCGCUGUUCCUUGUUGACAACGGGCAUGAGGUGUUCUUGUGGCAGGGUUGGUGGCCGGAAGGUGAUGAGGAUGUCGAGAAUGUUCACACAGGGUCAGCGCAGACGCGAUUCUCAGUGGACCGGAAAUGUGCCAUGGAAACCACGCUAGAAUAUUGCCAAGAAAUCAACAAGGAGUCUCCGCCGCCAGCCUAUCUUGUCUUCGCAGGACUUGAACCAUUGUCUUUCACAAACUUGUUCCCAUUCUGGACCGUCGAGGAAAAUGUUCGUGAUAUCAAUAUACGGCUGGCGAUGGACAAGGAUAUUGGAGUGCAGAUUAAACAUCAGGACGGGAGAAUGGAGGGGGAGCUGCUGAAGGUACAGGACGAGCUCAAGAAGUUGACAAAGACUCGCUACACGCUCCAGGAACUGUUAGACACCCCACUACCUGAAGGUGUUGAUCCACUUAAACUGGAGUCGUAUCUCUCGGAUGAAGAAUUUGAGCAAGUUUUGGAGAUGACAAGGGAAGAAUUCUACGCAAUGCCUGCCUGGAAACAGUCCAAACUGAAGCAACAAGCCUGUCUCUUUUGAGUUCCCAUAGCAACGAUAUAGUUUCCAUGGAAAUGAUGUGCUCUUAAAACACACUAGCACAGUGUACUUUAAAACAGCAAAUUAUGUUAUGAGCUAUGUAAUAAACAAUAGUAUGGCUUGUAUUGAAGCAUUUCACUUCACAAACAACAGAUUGUAGUUUCUUUAAUUUCAUUUUUUAAAUUAAACAAGGAUCUUCUUUAGCAACAAGAAAUCUUUUUUUCCAUAACUGCCAUGUAUCAUAAGUAUAAAUACAAGAUCUGCCUUCUAGUAGCUUCUAGUCUUUCAUUGUUACACUUGAUUAGGAUUUUUUUCACUAAACUGCCUGUACACAACUCUUGCAUACUUAAAAUAUUACCAUAGUUUAUCAUACUUUGUUUAUGUAACAUGUAAAAUGUUGAUUGAACCUUUCGCCAGUCGUUUCCGGUAAAUUGUAGUGUUGUUUCUUUGAAGAUUGUUGUUAGAUGGUCAGCAUGCUGUUAAGAUUUAUUCAUCAGUUUGCCCAUUAAGAAAAAUACUUUAGUAGUGUCAAGUGAAAGAUUCAAGUUCAUCAUUUUUCAAGUGAAACAUGUAAGUUUAAUCUUUGUAUUUUGUUGAUGUUAUCAGGUCAGUACUGAGUAUGGUAUUCUAAUAAAUAAAAAAAUGCAAAUAAAUAGUAUCAAGACAAAACAAUCACAAAACAAAAUCGUUAGGAAUUUUAUCAAAUAAAGGGAUAUUAUUUAACAAUACAAUUUUGAAAUGACUUACAAAUCUUCAAAAGUAGUUAAUUGUGUGUUUGUUAAUGUGCUAAAUGUAUCCUGAUUUAUUUAUUGUGAGUGUUUUUUUGUAUAUAUCUCUGUAAUAUGUUAGCAACUAUUUAUUAUUUAUAUUUUUAUCUUGUAUAUAUUUUUAUUGCCAAUGUUAAAAAAACUAAAGUUCAAAAUACUGUUAGGGAAUUUACAUUAAUCUCAUCUUACAUUGAUAUCAUGUAAGUUAAGACAAACAUUUAAUGUAGGUGUAUUGAAUUGUUCUGCAUGUUUUGUUAUAGUAGUUGUGAUGUUUUUGUGAUCAGCAUAUAGAAGUUUGUUGAGCUACAUUUUCAAGCUUUUAAGAGCCAGCCAUUUUACAAAAACCAGUAUAGGAUUGAUAAAUGUGUA